UUAUUUUCCCUCUCAUUUCUCUCUCUCUCUCUCUCUGAGUCUCACUUGCUUUCCUUUUGGCGGUUUUAGCUUUUUCGUUUGGAACAUUCGCUUGACAUCCGCUGACAACGCGAGGUAAGUGUGGCUACAAUUUAAAGAGAUGUAUGGAAACAGGCAACAAAGUUUUGUGUCGGAGAUGAUGCCAGAUUCUGGAGGAGACACUUCCAUGACUCCAAUUGAAAAGUCAAACACUUUGAUGUGCAAACUUGUUCAGGUUGAGGGAGAUGGAUCCUUCCUUCCUGCUUCAGAAGAUGAUGUAAUAGAAGUUGAGCAUUUAUUUGCAGAACCAAAGAACGAUAAGGUUCUAGCAGACAAUAUUUUAUGCUUCAACACAGAUGUCCCAAAUAAGUGCCUAGCAAAUGAAGAUUUUCCGUGCACUGUUGGCCAUGAUCAUAUGCGAAGUGAUAGUGGUACACUGGAUUCUAAUACUACUCGAGAAGUAAAGGAGGAAUCAAAAUUUGAAUUUCUCGACGGAGUAUUGAAUGGAGCUGAUGGAGAAGGGGAUCUUCAUAUAACAAAUGGUCUGUCUAUCAUGUGUGAUGAUUAUCUAUUGGAUGCUGAUUUUGCUGAAGUUUCUGAGUUGGAUUACGGUUCAUGGGGAGGAUCUUGUCUGGGAGACAUUGGGUUGCAAAGUCACUCCUCUGAAUUAAGAGGGAGGAAUAGCCAUACUUAUGAGUUAUCAGAAUUGUCAACACCAACUUUUUCAGUUCCUGAAUCUUCAUCUGAUCCAAAUGCUAUGUCACUCGAGAAGAUGAGCAUUUAUGAACUACAAAAGACAUUUAGUAGCACAUUUGGACGUGAGACAUCUGUUUCAGACAAGGAGUGGCUUAAGCAUCGUUUCUCACUGGGUUUACAGAACCUAGUUGAGUUCGAGAAUGUUUCGAGCUUACUGGAAUGUGGAGUACAAACGAAUGAGAAUGAAGGUGGCAUUUUCACUUCAUGUAACGAUUCUUCUGGACGAAUGCAUCAGCGCCCCAUGAUUGCUCAGGGAAGCAAGAUUAGACCAUUAGGCAGAGGUGUGGAAAGGGAAAACCUUGCUGCUGGGGUUGAGUUGGUGACGAAUUCUCCCCAGUCUGGCAAGGUUGGAGUUGAACUCUUGGAUUUAGGAGAUAGAGAAGGUUUGCUUCUAAGACGGAAGAGAUUGCGCAAGCCUACACGGAGGUAUAUUGAAGAGUCAUCGGCUUUGAAAGCAAGAUAUUAUACAGGAAAACUGGAAACUCCUACAACUAGUUCAAGGAAUAAGUUUUUGCAUGUUAAAUCUCACAAUCAGCUUCAUCGGAAGGGAUUUGGUUCAACGCCUUUGGUUUGUAGGCAGGACUAUCUUAAUGGAUCUGGUAUUCAGGUGCCAUUUGGUCUUCGUGUACGGAAAGGGCGUUUGAAGAGAAGUAAAUCCAUUUCGGGUUAUGAUUCUGAGAAUAACAAGGAAGACAAAGAUCCCAGUAGAAAUUCUGGUAUCGAACCUUCUGCUGAAUCGGAAGAUGAGAUGUCAGAUGAGUGUGUCACAACAAUUAAAACUGGGAAAGGGGAGAUGAGACGGAAACAUCACAGGUUGUGGACUCUUUCUGAAGUAAUGAAGUUGAUUGAUGGUGUUUCUCGAUAUGGAGUUGGAAGAUGGACUGAAAUAAAGCGGCUUUUGUUCUCGGCAUCUGCUUAUCGAACAUCUGUUGAUCUAAAGGACAAAUGGCGGAAUCUGUUGAGGGCUAGCUGUGCACAGUUGCAUAACAAGCGAGAGGUUGAACAAGGACGGAAAAAUGCAUCACAGCCCAUACCACAAUCUGUACUUCGACGUGUAAGCGAACUGGCCAUCAUCUAUCCAUACCCGAGGCAGCGCAAGUCCAAGCUCUUAUGUGCUACCCCCAUUACUGCUACUCCCGAGAGUGGCACCCCUGUUAGCCGCUGUGGAAGAAUUGUACACAGGAAGAGUUUUACUUGAAAUUAGUUGGGUAAAAGAGACCAUCUUUUAAGGGCUUCAAUGGAUACAGGAACAAUUUAACAUGGUGAUAGAAUAUUGGUUAUUG